AUUAAACGGCCCAAGCGCCGAGUAUAAAUACUUUGGCGAACAUCUUCAACAAACGAGUCACUCUUCCAAUUCACGUCGUCCUACCAGGAAUAUCCAGCAACAACAUGAAGCUUUUGAUAACUAUUUUCUCUUUGGUGGUUGCCACCGGCCUAUCCGCACCGCUACAUCUGGUCUACCCGCACACAUUUCCGUUUCCAGCAGCCUAUCCAUCUCCGGUGGGCCUACAUGUCGUUCACGCUGUUCCAGCCGUUGAGACCAGAGUUCACUACGCAGACACUCCCGUCGUGGUCGGCCAUUCUGCCACAAUCCUGAAACCGAAUUUGACUCCAUUCGCCGUCGCUCCUCUGGCCGCUCCAACAGUCGCCGUCGCUCCCUCGGUCGAUUCUGUCGUCGUCGAGACCAAAAAAGCAGAUGAGACUGUCGCCGAUCCUGAUGUUAUUCCCGAGGCCAAGAAAGAAGAACCCACGGAAAAGGCCGUUCCAUUAACGUACGUCGCCCAUCAUCCGUUUGCUUUCGCUGCUCCAGCUCCACUGACUUUUGCUGCUCCGCAAAUUGGCUAUGGUAUCGCUCCGACCGUCUUGAAUGUUAAGGCAUCCGUCCCAGCUGGCGAUGCUCCCCCUAUGGACGAUCUUGUUACCAAGGAAAAGGUUCUUGCACCCGUCCGUGCCAUCUCCGAAGUGACUCCCCAGGUGACCGUCCAGCAUCCCACAAAAGUCAACAUCGACAAAGUUGCUGUCCAAGUGCCAGUGGCUACGCCAUACGCUUUCCAUGUCCCGGUUCCAGUGGCUCCCCAUUACGAGAUCCAUCAUGUUCACACUCCGGCAUUAACCGUAGUAGCUUAGUAUGAUUCCGUUCUCUUAUGCAUUCCACCCACUCCUGCCUUCAACGUAUUGGAAACAUCAUUUUGGAAUACUUACAGAAAAUAAAGUUUCGGUCUUUCGGUUUAUUGACGUUAGAAUUUUUGAUAAAGAUAGGUCAUUAUGUCGGUAUAAUGCGAAUACCAAUAAUAAGCCGUAUUUAGCAUUUUUUAAUAAAAAAAAUUAUUCCUUCUUGACUUUCAAGAGGGCCCUGGAUUCAAAAUAAUUCCCAUCCGAUCAGCGGAUGUCAAGUGUGGCUGAGAUAACCGAUUAUAUCGUUUUUGAGCUGUUUGGAUUUAGGGUCGAUUGAAAUUUCUAUCGAUAUCUUAAGAAAACAUGACUAAUUAGAAUAUUAGUGUCGUCUGCUCCCGUUUUGUUUAAAAGAUUCGCAAAAAGCAUGCAAAAAGAGACGAAGUUUAAGAAGUAUAAGAUUAAGUUUAAGAAGAAUAUGGAACGAUAAAUUUUUUGCGAAUGUACGUGGCUGCACGAAAAAUAGCACAAUAAUUAAAAUGAUAAAAAUGUGAUCGACCGUCGUGUGAAUUCUGGUGUCGCUGUUCUUCAUGCCCUCUAUGCUGUUUGGCAGAUUUGAGGCCUGAGCGAGCCAUCAUCACAGACUAAGAAUGCCAUUAUAACCACAAGAUAUGCCAGUUUUGUUUGUGCUGGACCUGGUAUUGAUUUCUAAACAAUGACUAUCAUCACCAACAAUCCCAGAAUCAUUGCUUGGACAAACAGCAUCAUGAUUGGAGAAACUUCCGAUGUCGGCCGAGUUAUCACGUCUUCCCCUUUCUUUAAAUGUCCUCGUGUACACCCAUGCGAGUGUGGGGGUAUUCACGAGGACCCAGCCCCUUUUUCUAUCCUGCCUGGUGGAUCCGUGGAUUCAACUCUUCUACAGAUGGAGCCCUCGUUGAUGCCUGGCUGUGGAGAUCCCAGGAUUAAAGGCUUCCAAAUCGAACUUACACCAACGAUUGCAGAUAUUAUGCUUAACAUUACGGACCGUGUCACUGUCGGAAUGUCAUCUGGAGACAUAUCAUCCACCAUCAACUCGCUGUUUAUCUUCUGCAGAAAGUAUACAAUCCGACGAAAGCAGACGUAUUUGAUAAUGACAUAGCGAGACAUAACCAUCAAUGCAAUAUAGAAAAUGUGCUCCUGGAGAACGAAGACUGAAAUGAUGCGAGAAACAUGGGAUCGCAAGACUCCAUCAUCCUCAUGAAGUACAUUCCAAAUCAUUUUAAAGUCCCAACAAGAAACUACCACUGUGAAAGUGCACAGGAAAAAGAACCACCAAGCGACUGGGUGACGUAGGGAGAAAGAGAAUUUUUUGAAUUUAGUUUUCGUUGGGAAUUCUUCAGUUUCCACGGAAUACGGAAUCACCCCAAACAACUGACAAAAAACCAAAAAGGGUCGAAGUUUUGUGAAAAUUUGCAUCUUGUUUUAGAUCG